AUGAGCAGUGUUUCCAAUAAGCUGUACGCCGCCAUCGCCAGCGAUGAGAAGUGGCUGGGCUCCGUGGUGAGAGAACUGGCUCGUAUAGAUCCAUUCAUUGCCAAACUAUGGAAAGUCCAUGAAACUGCAAAAAAGACUGGCUGCGCUCAGGACCUCGAAUUGGGCAUUUUUCGCUCCGAUUACAUGCUUCAUCAAACUCAAAUUCCAUCCUUGAAUAGUAAAUCAACCGAACUGCAGACAUCUAUCAAGCAGAUAGAGAUCAACCUCAACUCCCCAGCCUUUGGUGGCAUGUCUCCUCGCGUCGCGUCGCUUCAUCGGUACCUCUACUUAACCAAGCUGUACCUAGAAGACGUCGUCAACAUAAUCCACGACGACGAGAGACUGCCUCAAAACAAUUCAACCAAGCAAAUUGCCGCCGGGCUUGCCAUAGCCCAUGCCGAGUACGGCCUAGCGAAGCAAGGUCGCGACAGGUGCAUUCUCUUAGUCGUUCAAGAAGGCGAGCAGAACGUAUAUGAUCAGAGGCACAUCGAGUCGGCGCUUUUCUCCAUUGCCCAAGUCAAGACGGUCCGACUGACUUUUGACGGCGUCGACAAGUACGCUGCUCUCGACAACGAGAAUCGGCUUGUCUUGGAUCUACCUAGUAACCUUGCGAGAAGGAAUAAACCCCGCGAAGAAGUGACGGUGGUGUACUUCCGCGCGGGCCAGUCCCCGGAUGAGUACGACAACAACAGCUGCAUGGCGUGGAAAGUGAGAACACUACUCGAGAAGUCGCGCGCCAUCAAGUGCCCAUCCAUCCUCGCCCAUCUCGCGGGUCUCAAGAAGAUCCAACAAGUCCUCGCCACUCCCGACUCUACGCAUCUAGCGCGCUUCCUGCCCAAUCCUGUCGAGCGACAGCGUGUGCGAGCUACGUUCGCCAGAAUGUACCCCAUGGACGCGAGCCUUGAUGGUCUACUUGGCCGCGAGAUAGCCCUGGAUAAAGAUAAAGCCAAGCACUUUGUCCUCAAGCCGCAGCGCGAGGCGGGGGGGGACAACAUCUACGGAGAGGCGAUACCGCGGCACUUGAUGACGACGGCCGCAUGUGAAUGGCCUGCAUACGUGUUGACGGAGCUAAUCAAGCCGCCCGCGCAGAUGAAUGUGAUUCUCAAGGACGGCAAGGCGGAGACAAGCAAGGUGGUGUCUGAGCUGGGCGUGUUUGGGACGGUGCUUUGGCGGAAGAAGGCUGAUAAUAAGAUGGAGAUAGUGGAGAAUCAGGAGGCGGGAUGGCUACUGAGGACGAAGAGUUGUGAUAGUGACGAGGGAGGUGUUGCGGCGGGCUUCGGUUCGCUUGAUAGUGUGUGCCUGGUGAAGAACUUUACGGGUGUUGUCUAG